CAGCUGCGCAUGCCUCGACACCCGAUAUUCCAUCGCCAAAACCUAGCACAGGGGCCAAUCCCAACGGUAACGGCGCUUCUGGAUAUGUUUGAGCAAGCCCACUUUUCGCAGCUCAAGAUACUUAAGUUUUGGUAUCAAAUCAAGUCUCCCGAAGACCUCCGGUUGGAAGAACUCCUGCUGUCACGCAUCCCUGAACUGUUUCCCGAGCUCCGAGAGGUAGAGCUUUGCAGAAUGUGGGACCACGAUGCGGAUUCGUUGUCCACCGCGACAUGGGAUCCUCUGCCCCGCGUCCGCCAACUCACUUCGCAACUAAAGCAACUCCGCACCUUCAUCUUCGACCCCGAUUUACCCGAACGCUCUGGCCGGUUCCCGGUUCCCGUUUCCCGGUUCCCGUUUCCCCGACCGACGAAGGAGUUCCGCACCGUGGUGGGGAAGCUACACGCCAUGGCGCUCGCCAUUGUUACCGAGGCAACCUGGGUGAAGAAGAUCGCGAUGUUACCGUGA